AAUGUUUUGGAAAAUAGUCCACGAUAUCUUUCUUUGAUAUUAACGAGGAAAUUAAAUAUUCAAUCGUUCGGAAACGUUCUUCACGUGCGCACUGGCAACGAACGCGAUCCACCAAUCAGCGUCGACCACAUCAACUGUCAGGAACGGGUGAUGGUGGCGCCUGCGGAAUAACCCGACUCCUGUUCAAGCAAUCUUCGAUGGGAGUUUCAUCAGCUGAGGGCCGAAUCAGGAAACUGGCAAGAUUUAAAAGAAUCCUGCAGCAUGGUCCGCGGUUUCUUACAUCUUUACUCAAGAUCGCGCCCAGACGAUAGGAGUGACUAGCUGAGGUUCCUUCCUGCGAGAGAGUGUGUUUUGUGUGAAAUCAAAAGUGCAAAAAGCUAAACAAAAAAUCAAAUCGCAAACUCCUUUUUUUUCCACGAUGGUUUGCUGAGUGUGGAAAAAGGGAAGCCUUUUUCCGUCCCAUUAAAAAAUCGAUUUCGUUUACCUCCUACUCCAAGAGGUUGUCCAGUUGAGCCGCGAGCAACGCUUUUGUCGUCGUGGCAUUCUUUGUGCGGGGCAGAACGUUCUCGAACACAGCGACGCACAUUCCCCCAUUCACCAUGAGUGCUACGGCUACUCCGAUCUUUAUCACCGUACCAACCAAGUACAUCCCCAUUAAUGUGACCACGAUGGGUGGGGUGCCGGUGAAACCGCUGGCCAAACGACCACCACCGGCCACCUCCGUCGCACCCUCCUCGAUUGGGUCGGAUGAUGAGUGUUCGUCAUCGAUGGACGAGUUUAUCGUGCGCCACAAGAAGCGCCGCCUCGACCAUCUGACUCACGAGGAAAAGAUGCAACGAAAGAAGCUGAAGAAUCGGGUCGCCGCACAAACAUCGCGCGAUCGAAAGAAGGCCAAGAUGGAAGACAUGGAAAAGACGAUCGCGGAGCAGUCGGAGCAGAUAAGCGCACUAGAGCGACGCUGCAGUGAGCUGGAUGCGGAGAAGGGUGCGAUAAACGAGAAGUAUCUAGGACUGGAGCGACGGUUCGAGGAGCUGCAGCAGCGGCUGAUAGCCAACGAGCAAGAGCAGAAACGACGAGAGCAGGAACAGGCGGCAGCGGCAGCAGCGAUCAAGCGCGAGAUGCUGGAACCGUUGCUCGUGCCGGGAGACGGAAGUGUGGGUUGUGUUACUGCCGGGCGCCAAACAGGAUCAGCAGCAUCCUCACGAUGCCCUCAGCAGCAGGGACGCCAAGGCGUACCGGCAGUAGCGCAGACGACACUUCCGCCGACCAGCGACGAGCGGUUGGCGGCCUUGUGGAAGCAUUGCCAUAUGCCUACUCUACAGGACAUGCUCGACGAUUUCGACAUCUCCCAGCUCGAGGAGCUUGCCGAAAGCCUGCUCGCAGAUGUCGGCGCAGACCUGGAAAGCACUGAUCGCACAGGCAGCCCGUCGUCUACCGAAGAUGACGGCACCGGCGGCCGCCUGUCUCGAUCAGUGGUGGGGUCCGCAGCAGAACUCGUGGAAUCCGGUGGACCGGCAACCGAUGCAGGAAGCCGUCUAAUCCUCACCACGCACAACUACUCCAAAUCCCCGUUCUACGAGCUGGCCCCGAAGGUGGAACCACCGCCACUAGCAACAGCAUCAGCACCGGACCAACAGCAGCACCAUACAAUUGACUCCAGCACGAACGUGGAGCCGGCGAUACCAGAGGAUCAGUCACUUAUCCUGACCAACAGCAGCAGCGAAACACUGUACGGCACGUACGACAACGACACGAACUGCAUAACGAUCGUCCUGACGGAGGAGGAGGAUGAGGACAGACUGGAGGGAGCAACAGUGAAGUUGGAGAAUGAACUUGAAAUGAGUUGCGACGCUAAUGUCGUUGACCAAGAGGAGACCGUAACGACAGGACUGGAGAUGAUGAGUCCUCUCACGAUACGGCCACCGUCACCUUUGCAAGAGCUGCUUUCACCGAUCGCACCGCACGGAUUGAAAAGUCCGGGAGGUUUCUCGAGCGUUUCGGAUGCCGGUUACGAAUCGAUCGGAUCACCGACCCAUUCUCUCUUCUCGAGUUCCUCGCAAACGGAGAUAAGCAUUCCUAGCAGCAGCAAUAGUGGCGUCGAUGAGGAGGACGGUCUACCGUCCGACUAUGGUCUCGGCAGUCUGAAUGAAUUCUGGAAUUUGGAUCUCUUUCCCAUUCUAGAGUAAAUAAGGCAGCAGUCUCUCAGGGUCACGAUCCAUGCACUCAUGACAACAGGAUCAUAGGAUCGCCGUUCCUUUUACACAUCCUUCUUCCCGGCCAGAUACGGGACAUUUGAAUGUACAAAGUUACCGUAGUCGUUAAGAUGCUAUUCGCGUUGUACCAUAGUUUUGUAUUUAACAAACCUAGGAGCUAAUGUGUUGGAUAAUGUUUGCUUUACAGUGUAUCGCUGCAAUUGUUUGUAAGGAUAAGCAGGUUUGCCCUCUAAUGGUUAAGCCAUAGAAACAAAAAUGAUGAUAUAGUAUAGCACAGUGUUGGUAGAGUUUGGUUUGGUUCUGCUUAUAAGUAAAUGGCACCAUCUUCACUAUGCAAGCAACUACAUCAACACUUCUGUUGCACCAGUUUGUAAGCUUCGUAAUAAUUUAUAUGCUCGUAGAACGAAGAAGUCGUAUGUCUUCUAGGGAUUUGGAUAAGUGUAAAACAUACAAUUGGAAUAAAAAGAAAGUCGCGAUCGUUUCAGAUCACAACCCAAACUCGUGUCUCGUGUCGAGAGUUCUUUUCUCU